AUGAAACGUGCAGUCUUAAACAUCGAGAACCACGACGAGUACUGCUUUCUCUGGUGUGUUGUGGCAGCGACACACGAAGCUCACACUGGACAUCCGGAGAGGACAAUAUCGUACCCUCAAUACAGCAGCGUACUUCAGUAUGAAGACUCGGUACCGUUUGUUGUCUACGCAGACUUAGAGUGUACACUAGAGCCUCAGGGGGAUGAUGAUAUCCAAAAACACGUUCCACACAGCAUUGCAUUUUAUCGUCACUGUAAUUAUGACAAUAAUUUGUCAAAAAUUGAAAUUAAUCGAUCAUCUGAUUGCGUAAAGUGGUUUGUCAAUAAACUUGAAAAUUUCGCAUUUGAAGUUGAGCAAUAUUUAAACAAUCCUGUACCUAUGGAACCACUUGACAAACAGCAACAAAAGAGUCAUGAUCGGUCAACUGUUUGUCAUAUUUGCGAAAAAACAAUAGCCUCUUAUAAAGAAAAGUGCUAUGAUCAUUGUCAUUUUACGGGUAACUAUCGCGGACCUGCACACAUCUCAUGCAAUUUAAAUUACCCAAAAUCUCAUGUAAUACCGGUAGUAUUUCACAAUUUAUCUGGUUAUGAUUCGCAUUUCUUAAUUAAAUCAUUAGCAACAGUUUUUGAAGGUAAAGUUACAUUAUUGCCAAUUAAUAAAGAGCGAUAUAUAUCAUUUACAAAGUCAAUAGAUAAUAUAUCUGUAUCUUUACGCUUUAUCGAUUCAUUUAGAUUCAUGGCAUCAAGUUUAGAAAAAUUAGCAUCUUAUCUUGAUGAUGACAAUAAACAAAUUACAAGACUUCAUUACCCAGAUCCGGAAAAAUUCCAAUUAGUUACUCGCAAGGGUGUAUUCCCGUAUGAAUACAAAACAAACAUUGAUAAGCUUAAUGACAAACAGUUGCCCGAUCAAAACUCAUUUUUUUCCAAAUUAUCUAAUAAUGGUAUAACUGACGAUAAUUAUACAUUUGCUCAACUUGUCUGGAAUAAAUUUAACAUCAGUACAUUAGGCAAGUACUCUGAUCUAUAUCUUAAGACUGAUGUACUACUCUUGGCCGAUGUAUUUGAGAAUUUCAGACAAAAUUGUUUAAAUAAUUAUAACUUAGACCCGCUGCACUAUUAUACAGCGCCCGGAUUAGCUUUUGAUGCAAUGCUGAAAUACACCAAUGUGGAAUUGCAACUGUUGACUGACCCCAAAAUGGUACUUUUCAUUGAGAAAGGCUCAUUUGAGUGGGUUGAUGAAAAUGAUUUAAAUAAUGUAGAUAAAUUUUUAAAUACCAAUGACACUGUAGGAUAUAUUUUAGAAGUAGACUUGCACUAUUCUCAGGAGCUACAUGAGCUACACAAAGAUUUACCAUUGUGCCCUGAGCACUUUUUACCCCUAGGAAUGCAGUUGAAAAAAAUUCAUCGCGUACUUAAAUUUGAGCAAUCCCCAUGGCUAAAGACAUACAUCGACAAGAAUACAGACUGUAGGAAGGCUGCCCAAAAUGAGUUUGAGAAGAAUUUCUUCAAACUCAUGAAUAACGCAGUCUUCAGUAAGACUAUGGAGAAUGUUAGGAAACACAAAGAUGUUCAAUUGGUUACUAGAUGGUCUGGUCGAUAUGGUGCAUCAGACCUCAUUUGUAAACCUAACUUCCAUAGUCUUACUAUCUUUGACAAGGACAUAGUUAUAGUGGAAAUGAAAACAACCCAGGUAUACUUUGAUAAGCCUAUUUACACUGAGUUCACGAUUCUAGAUUCAUCAAAGACAUUUAUAUAUGAUUUCCACUAUAACUAUGUCAAACAGAACUUGACGAAUCAACAAUCUAAGUUGAUGUACACGGACACAGACAGUUUGAUUUACCACUUUAACGUGCCAGACAUCUACGAAAUCAUGAAACGUGAUAUUUCAAAAUUUGAUACGUCGGACUACCCCCCUCAAAAUUUGUACAAUAUGCCGAUAGCAAAUAAAAAGGUCCCAGGUCUAAUGAAAGAUGAGAAUAAUGGAAAAAUUAUGACUCAUUUCACCGGACUUAGGGCCAAACUAUAUGCAUACAAAAUUAUGGAUGAUAACAACACUAAAAAACGAGCAAAGGGAAUCAAAGGUCCGACGUUACGAACUAUCACUACUCAAUUAAAAGUUCUAAACAUGACGUGA